AUGAACUCACUCAUUCAUGAUAGGAAACUAGGCAUCAUUUCACCCCUAGAAUUCUCCAAAACCCUCAUUGAAUCCACCUAUAUAUCCCUCCAUCCUCACAAUACCAAUUACCAUUCCAAUGGGUCGAUAAAUUGUCUAAGUCUUGAAAAUCAUGAGUUUAAAUAUCUUCUCAGUGGUAGUGCUGACCUGUCUAUCAAGUUAUGGGAAAGUAGUGAAACUAGCGAUGAAUUUCUUACUAAUUUGGACUCAGGGUUUGAUUUCUCCGGCGAAGAACCCAUUUCUUCAUUGAAAUCCACCGCCAAGAACCAAGGUUUAAGACUUCUAGGUACUAUACCUCGAAAGACUGGUCAUGACUUUGGAGUUUCCUACGUCCAAUGGUGGCCCGUUGAUACCGGAAUGUUUAUAUCAUCGUCGUUUGAUCAUACUGUCAAAAUAUGGGACACGAACGAGUUCUCCAUCAUUAAAGAAUUCAAUUUGAAUAAUAGAGUAUAUUCCUUCGAUAUCAAGAACAACCUUAUCGCUAUAGCAUCGGACCAGCCGUUCAUCCGAUUGCUAGAUAUCAAUUCUACUUCCACUGCACAAACCAUAAAGGGCCAUAAGGGAAAGACCAUUACGGUGAAAUGGCACCCCAAGGAUGAAAAUAUCCUCGCUUCAGGAGGUUUCGAUGGAGAAAUCAAGAUUUGGGAUAUAAGAAGAAGUAACAAUUGCCUUUGCCGAUUAGAUAUGCUAAACACAUCCAACUAUUAUAACGAAGACCUCACGAAGGAGUCCAUCAAAGCCCAUUCAGCACCAGUAAAUGGAUUGGUUUGGGAUAAGUUGGGACAUACCCUUUUCAGUACUGGAAAUGACGAUAAGAUCAAGGUUUGGGAUAUGUUAUCGAAUUAUCCACCUAAGAAUAAGUUGAUCAACUUCGGACCAUUGACCAGGAAUAAGUUCCUUCAAAACUUACCGUUAACCCUCAAUUAUAACUAUGAGAACGACUUACAGUAUAUUAUCUUUCCUAGUGAUAAUGGGGACUUGUUCUUCUUCAGGACAGUAGAUGGGAAGUUGGUUAAGAGGAUAAGACAAGAUAGUGGGAGGAUAGUAUCGUUGGCAAUGGAUAGACCUUUCAGUAAUGAGUUUUACUGUGGGACGAUUAAUGGGGAUAUACUAGGGUUCAAGUCUUAUUAA